CACACACACACACACACACACACACGAGUCGUACCCACAACACAUCCUUCAGACCAUCCCCUGCUGGCCAGCUCCGAGCCCAGAGAGAGGCGGAGUGCUGAAGGCGGCUGCAGGAGCCAGUGCCUGGACCUCGGCAGCCAGGGAGAGACGGAGCCUGCGGCUGGUGCGGCUGCCGAGCAGGGCCAGGCCGGGCCCUGCCCGCAAGGACGCCCAAGCCCUUCGCCGGCCCCUGUGCCCGAGAGCCCACCAGGCUCUCUUGCUGGACCCACCAUGACUUCAGAGCCCACGUCACCCCCAGUAGUGCCCCCUCUCCACUCCCCCAAGUCUCCUGUCUGGCCCACCUUCCCCUUCCACCGGGAGGGCAGCAGGGUCUGGGAGCGGGGCGGCGUCUCGUCCCGGGACCUGCCCAGUCCUCUGCCCACCAAACGGACCAGGACGUAUUCAGCGACAGCCCGUGCCUCGGCUGGCCCCGUGUUCAAGGGCGUCUGUAAGCAGUUCUCACGCUCACAGGGCCAUGGCUUCAUCACCCCUGAGAAUGGAUCCGAGGACAUCUUUGUGCAUGUGUCUGACAUCGAGGGGGAGUACGUGCCCGUGGAAGGCGACGAGGUGACGUACAAGAUGUGCCCCAUCCCGCCCAAGAACCAGAAGUUCCAGGCUGUGGAGGUGGUGCUCACCCAGUUGGCCCCACAUACUCCCCACGAGACGUGGUCCGGCCAGGUCGUGGGCUCCUAGGCCGGGGGGGCUCACGUGUCAGCUGCCGGGCAGGUGGGGAGCCACACAGGGUAGGCAGGCAGCCGCGGGCUCCAGGCCCCUGCACCUGCCGGGUCCCCCGGGCGGCCUCGGCGUACACGUGUCUGUCUGUGCUUGUGACCGCGAGCACGUGCCUCCAUCCACCCCCCCGUGACCCACGACUGUUGUGUGAGCUGGACCAAAGGUGAGGCCCCCCGGGCCUGCCUUCUUGUUGUCGGCUCUCUCCUGCCCCUCCCUGCCACAUCCGCACAGGACCCUCUCGCCCUUCUGUCCCCCGAGCCCCUGGGGCCUGCAUCCGGGCCUGGGCCUGGGAGGCAGGGGGCGCCAGUGGGCCCCUCCCCGUGCAAGCGGGUUCCCCUUGCCUCUGCCCCAGGCCCAGCCCAGGGCCAGAUUCUGCUUGUGCUACUUAACACCUCCCACCCUGGGCUUGGGUCUCCCGCGGUGGCCUGGACCCCUUGCCACAGAAGCCAGGCCAGCGAGAGCUCUGGGGGAGCCUCCCAGCCUCUGGCAGGGGAAGAGGGCAACCCCUGGAGUAGCAGACCCCUCCUCACUGCCACGGGCCCAGCUUCCCUUCCCUCCAUCUGCUCUCUCCUCUCAGCAUCCCCGAGAGGCACGCAAGGAGCUGAGGGCAGAGGUGGUUUUGGGGUCUCGGUCCCUCCUCCUCCUCCUCCUCGGCUUGGCAAUGGCUCUGUGAGCUCCAAGGCUGCAUCCUCUCCCCUGGGCCGCGCUGAGCCACGCUGCCACCACUCUCCGAGACGCAGAUCUGUGGAGGGGUGGGGGCACAUCUCCCCCUGCUUGGAUGGAGCCAGCCCCUUCGCCCUGACCCACAAACUCCGCUGAUGCUCUGCCCAUGCCCAGAUAAGGCUGCCGAGGACCUGGCGAGGCAGACGCACGUCCCCUCAGGCAGCGCCAGGCCUGGGCACCCACAGGAUGGCCCUCAGCCCGAGACCACUAGCCCUGUAGCCCCUUGCUGGACCCUCUCCCCGAAGCACUACUGCUGGCCCCCACUAGGCCAGUGGCUGAGGUGUGUGGUCCCAAUCUCAUGCGUUGAGUCCCUUAAAGGGUGUGUGUGUGUGUGUGUGUGUGUGUAUGUGUGUGUGUGUGUUUGUGUGCAUU